AUGGCUGGGCGGGGGUCGGCCGAGCUGCAAGAGGGUCCCCGAGGGGGGGCUCCCCAAGCUCCCCCCCUGAAGAUCUUAGGGGUCUCCAACCUGCCCCCGGCCCCACAUCUAGCCGGACCCCUGAUAGCCAGACCUGACGUCAUAUCCUGGCUGGUAGAGGAAGAUGAGCUGUUUCUCCUGGGCUCUGAUCAACACGAGGGAUUGGCAUGCAGCGGCUUAGGUCUGUCCAGGGUUGUGGAUGCUGAAAUGGGGCCUGUAGAUCUUGAACUUAUGAAAACAGGCUGCCAGCCCCCUGCCAAUGAGGACAACCCCUGCGGCCUCAAGAGGCCCCCAGGAGCGCUGGAAGGGGGAAGCCCAAUAUCCCCACGGGGCUCUUCUCAAAUCCUCUUUGUGCUGCUCUUAAUUGACACUUUCUUCCCACAGCAUGUUAGAAGAGAGGAUAUGUUUUACGUUCCCAAAUUUCUUACUUCCCAUCAAACAAUUCACACAGGAGAGAAACCAUAUAAAUGCCUGGAGUGUGGGAAAAGCUUCAGAAUGAGUCGAAGCCUUACUUCUCAUCAAAGAAUUCACACAGAGGAGAAACCAUAUAAAUGCCUGCAGUGUGGGAAAAGUUUCAGAUGGAAUAAUCAGUUUACUUCCCACCAAAGAAUUCACACAGGGAAAGAACCAUAUAAAUGCCUGCAGUGUGGGAAAAGUUUCAUUGGUUAUGGAAGCCUUAUGUCUCAUCAAAGGAUUCACACAGGAGAGAAACCAUAUAAAUGCCUGGAGUGUGGGGAAAGUUUCAGAUGGAGUAUUCAGUUUACUUCCCACCAAAGUAUUCACACAGGGAAGGAACCAUAUAAAUGCCUGGAGUGUGGGAAAAGUUUCAUUGGUUAUGGAAGCCUUAUGUCUCAUCAAAGGAUUCACACAGGGGAGAAACCAUAUAAAUGCCUGGAGUGUGGGAAAACCUUCCGUCAAAGUGGCCACCUUAGAUCCCAUCAAAAAAUUCACACAGGGGAGAAACCACAUAAAUGCCUGGAGUGUGGAAAAAGCUUCAGACUGAGUUUAAGUCUUACUUCUCAUCAAAGAGUUCAUACAGGGGAGAAACCAUAUAAAUGCCAGGAGUGUGGGAAAGGCUUCAGAAUGAGUCGAAGCCUUACUUCUCAUCAAAGGAUUCACACAGGGGUGAAACCAUAUAAAUGCCUGGAGUGUGGGAAAAGUUUCAGAUGGAAUGUUCACCUUACUUCUCAUGAAAGGAUUCACACAGGAGAGAAACCAUAUCAAUGCCUGGAGUGUGGGGAAAGUUUCAGAUGGAGUAUUCACCUUACUUAUCAUCAAAGAAUUCAUACAGGUGAGAAACCAUAUAAAUGCCUGGAGUGUGGAAAAGGCUUCAGUGAUCGUAGAAGUCUUACUUCUCAUCAAAGAAUUCACACAGGGGAGAAACCAUAUAAAUGCCUGCAGUGUGAGAAAACCUUCCGUGACAGUAACCACCUUAGAUCCCAUCAAAGAAUUCACUCAGGAGAGAAACCAUAUAAAUGCCUGGAGUGUGGCAAAAGCUUCAGUGAGCGUAAAAGUCUUACUUCCCAUCAAAGAAUUCACACGGGGGAGAAACCAUAUAAAUGCCUGCAGUGUGAGAAAACCUUCCGUGACAGUAGCCAUCUUAGGUCCCAUCAAAGAAUUCACACAGGGGAGAAACCAUAUACAUGCCUGGAGUGUGGAAAAAGCUUCAGGGAUCGUAGAACCCUUACUUCCCAUCAAAGAAUUCACACAGGGGAGAAACCAUAUAAAUGCCUAGAGUGUGAGAAAACCUUCCGUGACAGUAGCCUCCUUAGAUCCCACCAAAAAAUUCACUCGGGGGAGAAACCGUAUAAAUGUCUAGAGUGUGGGAAAAGCUUCAGUGUUCGUGGAAGGCUUAUUUCUCAUCAAAGGAUUCACAUGAGAGUAAUUACAUAA